CUUUCUGAUCCAUUUAGCGGUUGGGUAUGAUGAUAGUCAGAUGAAAUGUUACGUAGACAUCGCCUUCGUUGUCGACUCAUCAAGUAGCAUACCCGAAAAAGAUUUCAAAAUCAUGAAAAAAUUCAUGGAAGAAUUAGUGAAACGUUUUGAAGUUGGCCCGAAAGAUGCUCUGUUUGCUGCUGUCUCAUUUAGCGAUGGUGUUAAAGAAGAGUUUAAGUUCAGCGACAGUGCUGACCAAGCGACUGUCAUCGAUAAUUUGGAAAAGAUUAGGUACAAGGCGGGACUUGCCACUAAAACGUACGCAGGCAUACGGUACAUGAAUGAGAACUUAUUUGGCCCGGAUAAUGGUGCUCGUAAUGACGCAGUUCACGUAGGAAUAAUCAUGACUGACGGUACAACAAAUCCCGGAAGUGAUGGUACCUUUACUGCAAAAACGGCCAAGGCUGAAACACAAAAAGAAGCGAAGGCAGCGAAGGACAACGGAAUAUUUCUGUUUGCUGUUGGAAUCGGAUCGAAAGUGGAUGAUGCAGAACUCAGCGGAAUAGCUAAUGCUCCUAGCAGCACGUAUAUGUUCAAAGUUAAAAACUUCGAAGAGUUGAAAACAGAAAAAGUAAAAAAGGAGCUGGCCAACAGUGCUUGUCACCCUGUCAAAGCACCGAAUCCCACACCCAUUCCAGGUCCAGCACCAGAAAUACCCCAAGCAGAGGAUCCAAAGGAAGUAUGUCAGGGUAAGAAAGCCGAUGUGAUCUUCUUGCUCGACGAGUCAAGCAGUAUCCAUACUACCGAGAACUUCAAACUGGAGUUGUCUUUUGUAAAGGCGGUCAUCGACUACCUGGACGUUAGCAAUGAUUUGACACGUGUUGGGCUCAUAACCUUCAGCAGCGAAGCCAACAUGCGCUUUCAACUAGACAAGUUCACCACCAAGGAUGAGUUACAUGAAGAGGUAGAUAAAAUAAAUUGGCGUGGAGGAGACACCUACAUAGACAAGGCUCUAGACCUGCUCAUGGGCGAAGGAUUUGAACUUCAGAAUGGGGCUCGGGAAGAUGCAGCACAGAUUGCUAUCAUUAUCACCGAUGGUAAUUCUACUAACCUACAUAAGACGAAAAUACAAGCGGAAAAGGUUCAUAAGAAAGGCAUAUACGUGUUUGCUAUUGGAGUCGGAUUCGUGAACAGAGAUGAGCUAAAUAUUUUGGCAUCUGAUCCCAACUCUGACUAUGUCUUCACUGUAAACGAUCUUAAAGCUCUUAACACAAUAAAGAAAAUCUUGGUCUACAAAGUCUGCAAAGAGAAGCCUCAAAAUGCUCUUCAAAAAAGAGGGAAGACACUUGACGGUCACCACAAGUCUAAGUCGGUAGAAGAGGAGGUAGUCAGUGAGGCCAGGAUACAGGAGAUAAUGAAACUGAUCGACAUACUGAAGAGAGCAGAAACAGACAACUGAUAUGACCAAUGCUAUCACCCCCUAUAUGCGGAAAUAACCACUUACUUUUAUCAGAUCAAAGAUUUUACAGAAAAAUGUAAACAUAAACAACCAUCAAUUUUUUUUGCAUAUGUAUUAACAAAAAAUUAUUAACCCAUUAAUCAUUAACUUUCAUUUAUACGGAACGAUACGAUAUGUGUAUUUGACUAUAUUUUUUAUCAAUUAUGUUUUUUAAUGUUUUUACUAUAUAGACGUUGUGUU